AUGAGGCAAGGUGAUCACGUUGAGUUAGCCUCGCUGGACUUGGCCAAAGCCUACAAUAGGGCAUGGAUGCCUGGAGUGUUGCGUCAAUUGGCGGACUGGGGCAUUACUGGAAAUAUGCUGAAAUUUCUGCAAAACUACCUGUCUCACCGAACUUUCCAGGUCGCUAUUGGUAAUCAUCGCUCGAAAACGGUUUGUGAAGAAACCGGAGUCCCACAAGGCUCCGUCAUAGCCGUUACCCUGUUUCUCGUUGCCAUGAACGGCAUUUUCAUCAGAUUGCCGGCAGGCAUUUUCAUCCUAGUGUACGCUGACGACAUUUAG